AUGAAUAAGCUGAAGCUCUGGCCGGACCUGAGUUUUUCAACUUUCACUCAGCUGUAUGACUCAGUGGUAGCGUCAGUGCUGUUCUAUGCUGCUGGGGUGUGGGGCUUUGAGGAGGCACCAAAGUGUGAUGCGGUUCAGCAGAGAGCGAUGAGGUACUUCCUCGGAGUUCAUAGGUUCACCCCUAAGGCCGCCAUAGAAAGAGACAUGGGCUGGGAGCCCUGUGUGGUGAAACAGAAGGCUGAAAUGAUUAGGCUGUGGAACCGCCCAGUGCGUCUACCUGUGGACAGACUUCCAAGGAAAGUCUUUAAUUGGGAUAAAGCUCUUAACUGUUCUUGGUCCAAAGAAGUUUCCCAAAAGUUGAGGGACAGGCUGAAACAACGGCUGACAGCUGCUGAUGAAGAAAUAUUUGAGUUGUUUGAAGGAUUGAUUGCAGACUAUGAAGAAGAAAGUCAUCAUUUAAAAGAAGAGAACAAAGGAAAAGUUCUGGAAGCUGUUUUUAAUCCUCGAGUUUGCUUGUACAAAGCAGACAUGCAGCCGUUGUUGGUGAUUAAAGAAGAAACUCUCCCUGAACAGCAGGAAUGGAAUCUGAGUGUUGACCAGGAGCACAUUAAAGAAGAAGAGAAGCUGUGGAUAAGUCAGCAGGGAGAGCAGCUUCAGCAGCUGGAGGAGGCAGAUCUCACCAAGUUUGGUUUCACUGCCGUCCCUGUGAAGAGUGAAAAUGAUGAUGAAAAAUCAGAGUCAUCACAGCUUCAUCAAAGCCCAAGUGAUGAGAGCACAGAGGCUGAGCCUGUAGCCAGCAGCUCAUCUGUACACAGAACACUGACAGCAGAAGCUGAUGGAGAGGACGAUGGAGGACCACAACCAGCCAGCAACUCAGGUCCAAACAGUCAUUUACAACCAGAUACCAGUGGCAGGAGUUCAGACAGUUCUGGAACUGAGACUGAUGACAGUGAUGACUGGAAACAGACCAGAGAACUUCAGUUGCAUUUUACCUGUCGAAAAAAUAUCAAUAUUGUUAGUUCAAUCAAAUGCAACAUUGCUGAGGCAGAAUUUAUGUAUUCUCAAGCAUCUGGACCCAUGAACAAAUCCAAGCAAUACAAAGGGAGGCAAGCAAGUGUGAAACCAUUUAGCUGUUCUGAUUGGAGUAAGACACAGAAAGAGAAGACAAUUCAGACAGGAAAGAAACCAUUUGACUGUUCUGAAUGUGGUCGAAGAUUUGGACAAAAGAGCUACCUGAAAAGACACAUGAUCAUUCACACAAGAAACAAACAGUUUGGCUGUUCUGAAUGUGGUCAAAGAUUUAGA